GGUGGCCCACAGAGGGCGUCGACUCGCUUCAAUCAAAACGCUCCACAGCGAAAUUUACGGCCAAUAAUCGGCCAAUUUCAGUGUUUUAAGCGCCUUUCAGGCCCGCAAUCGCUGGGUCACCCGGAUUUCCGGUGAUGUAUCAAUGUUUACUUGUACAAUAUUUGCCCUAACCCAUGAAAAAUGUCGGCACAUGUUGUUUGUGUCACCUCGGGGGGUGGUCUGCCCAUAUUUUCCAGGAAGAAAGGGAAUACGGACAGUCUGCCCUUUUCAACCAUUGGGUCCCUAAAUGGGGUCCACAUGUUUGGCAAAUCGCAAAAAAUCACCCUUCAAAAUACGGUAACUGAAGACUACUCUUUAGCCUGGAAGGAGUACCACGACAGCUUGGUUUUGAUAGGGAUAUCAAGUGGAUGCACCAUCGAGGUGCUCACCAAGACCCUCGACUCGAUUUUCAACGCAAUCGUGUUAAUUGUCGGAAUCGAGGAAAUCAAGUCGCAGCGAAAUAUCGAACGGUUUAAGAGAGAAUUGCGGAUUUGCUACCCUUUGAUCGAUCGCCUGCUGGAUUCUUUAGACUGUGGCGAUUCUGGCAGCAGACACUCGUCGGAUUUAAUCGGACUGGUGGAAACGAUUUUAUGUCCCGAAAACCACUUGAUUCAGAUCGUUCUUGACUCGUUUACCGAAUGCGUCGAUUCCUUAUUUAGCUGCGUCCUUAUUCAUGGCAAAAUUGCGGCUGCGACCAACAGCUGGUGGUCGCUGCACCCAGAAGAGAUCAAGCUUUUGGCCAUUCUGGCCCAGAGCGAGAACACGUCGAGUUCGAAAGACAUCCCCGUUUUCCUGCCAUACAAAAGCCCAACCGUGGCUUUUCGUUUCGUUUGCUGUACUUUAAUUCCGGACAUCCAGCUGUGUUGUCUCUGCGGCCCCACUCCCGUGCUCUCGGAGGUGGAAUUUUCCGCGACUAAUUGUUUCAAGAAUUCCGCAGAUAUUUUAAGUUCCGCCAUACAAUGCCACCCGCGCAACUUCCACUCGACUUGUCACAUCGACGGCGGGAUUUUGGGUUUACUGUUGGUGAACACGACUUACGGCAAAUACAUGAUUACGAGAAAUCCGCAUCAGAAUAGUAAUAAAAAGAACGCGAGCAGCUCGCAUCGCUUGGAUAUUUUACGAACGUUUUUCUAUCAAUCGGUUUUAACGUUCCUUGUGCCGAGCGAGGACUCGAAUGAAGAUGCGGAAAUUUCCAAUAAAAGUGAAGCGAAUGUGGGGCUUGAAACCUACUGGUGCUCGGAGUAUCAUAAAUGCUUCGCAAUGAAAAUCAGGGAUAAUAUUCUAGCGGUUUUAUUCAACUCGUCGAUUCCGACGUUCGCAAUGCGACUGAUUACGGAGAAAACUCUCAAGAAUUUGAUCUCAGAUAAACAAAUUUGUUGGUGAUGGUUUAAUAUAUUUUUUGCAAUA